UCCCGUUUGUUUGGCUAUGCAACCUUGUUUUAUCACAGUGUUAAACGAAUGUCACGGAAAAAAGACCGUAUCUUCUUUAGGACACCAAGUCCUGGCCUUCGACAACUAGAUGAACCAUCAUCACCUCCACCUACUCCUCGUGUAUCAAGAACACGACCCAUCAAAUUGUCCUCAAAAAAUUGUCCUUCCAGCUUUAGAGAGCGACUAGCAUCCACCACAUCGACCAAUUCACCAACCGCUCACUCAUCGUCUUCAAUCACACCUAUAUUUCAACGUCAAUCAUCUGGAUCAUCACAAGGUUCUUCAUCACCAUCAUCAACAUCUUCAUCUCCAUUAUCAGCAGCAUCAUCAUCUUCAUCAACGUCAUCAUCACCAUCAAGGCUUACUUAUUCUGCAUAUUUGUAUCAUCUUUAUGACAACCCAGGCGGUAAUAGGACAACGUCAACUCAGCAAUCGAAUGAACUUUAUGCACUUGAACCAUCUGCUUCACAACAACAAGAACAAGCAUUUUCAGCAUGGGAGAUUCUUACAUCCACAGAUAUAUCAGAGACAUCCUCACAAACAUCAUCAUCACAUACAACAAUUCCAUCUCGAACUGAACGAUCUACAGCUCUCAAUCCACGUCAACCAAGAAACAAGAUAUCUUUGGAACAGAAACAACGAUCAAAACCAGCAGGACGUCAUACUCAAUCAUCAUCAAGACGUUUAUCAGAAAAACGUGUACCCAGUCCAAUGUUCAGUAGAAUCAAAAGCACAACAUCAGUAGGAUCAGAUACCAGUGAAGAGGAAUUGGAACCUGAAACGAAAACACGACAACCAUGGAUGAACCGAUUACGACCAAGACGCAAUACCAGCAGUAGCAAUAGCAACAGCAAAAACACAACGUCUGGUAUACUCGCCACUCGUUCAAGGACAUAUGUUCGACCACCAACUAUUUAUGGUUAUCAGUACAACAGACAAAAGAGGAUCAACGGUCGUGCAUCAUUAUCUUCCCUCGACAAAAACAAAAAAUCCAGCAAUACCAGUAAUAAGAGCAACAACAGCAAUAACAACAAUAACAAUAACGGGAAUAACAAUAACAAAAAAACAAAGUCUCUCCUUGUAAAAAAGAAACAGCCAGCCAUGCGAUUACGACAUACUGGAAAACAUCGACAUUCCCCAAUAGCAACUACAUCAACACCUCCAGCUUCACGGCAAGAAACAUCAUCGGUUCCCAUACGUCGAUCAUCAAGGGCUAAGAAACCAAGGACGAAUCCAAUGGAUGGAAAACGCUUAGGCAAUCCAAAAUUAUAUUAGUGUAGUCUUACUUGUUUUCUUUUUUUUAUUGUUUUUAUAUAUCCAUCUUACUUAAAAUAAAGAUCAUUUGUGUACUUGCUGUUGUUAGUCUUUUUAUUAGUAUUGUCAUUUCAUUUUAUAAUAAAUCUAUAUUUUUUCUUCUCUUGAUGAUCA